AUGCAUAAAAUUGUCAUAGAUGUGAAAGAGGUCAAUCCCAUAACCGGUUUUAACGACAUUGGACGCCUUGAAGCUAAACUACUGUCUGUAACAAAGUCUAUAACGAGUAUUGUGAGCAAUAUAGCCCAGGUAGAAACAGAGGAACUUGAGGCCUCAGAGGAAGAAGGUGGGGCAAUAAGUAAAUUUGUCCAGGCUUUUGAGGAACAAAUCAGUCGUGUUGAGGUUGCCGAUGGUGGGAUGCUCAACAUUCAGCAGCCAAAUGUAGCCGUACAGGUUCAGAGUGUACUUGCUGACGACGUAAUGAGCGGUCUUGUGCUUUCGCUUGUUGGAUCCAGUCUUUCAGACCUGACUCAGUCCAAUAUUACCAUCAGUGCUCCGACCCAAGAUGACCGCGAUGACGUCGUUGCUACCGGACCGGACAUCAUCGCUCAGGUCAAAAUUCCACCUUCAGUUUCAUCCGUCAUUUCGUCCACGGCCCUACUCUCAGGAUCGGCGUCGAAUGGCAGUGGCGAUUACGUCCGGGUCAACUUCAAUGUAUUUUCAACUCCAGCCCUGUUCAUGUCUAAAUCAUUGCGCACAAUCAGUGCGGAUAAUGAAGGCUUCAAUCGAUCGGCUAACUCUCCCGUGAUUUCUCUCAGUAUUGGUCAAGGGAAAUUAGCAGCCUUGAACGAAUUCAUCAAUUUUACCUUCACUACAAUAAUGUCUGGAUACGUGAAUCCCAUGUGCUCAUUCUGGGAUGAGGAGGAGCAAGAUUGGUCCCAAGAUGGGUGUGUUCUUGUUUCUGGAUUCACAUCAUCGGAUGAGCGCUAUGAUGAGGAGGGCGUGCGCUGUGCAUGUGAUCAUCUUACCAACUUCGCUGUAAUAAUGGAUAUCCAUAGACAGAAGGAUCCAUUAAUCGAGACAUACAACAUCCUGACUUACAUUGGAUGCUGUAUUUCUAUCUUCAGUCUUCUUGUCACAUUGGCGACCUACCUGUGGAACAAGGAUUUGAGAACCAAACAGACUAACCAGAUCUUCAUCUGUCUGUGCCUGACCUUGCUGUGUCUCUACACGACAUUUGUCAUCAUGAUCUCUCUGGAUUAUAUCAGAGAUUAUCGUGAUGUCCAAGCUGGACCCUGUUGGUUCCUGGCGGCCUUAGUUCACUACUUCGUUUUGUCUUCCAUUGCAUGGAUGGGUGUAGAAGGGUACAAUACCUACCUCAUCAUUGUGAAGAUCUUCAACACCUACAUCCAGAAUUUCAUGAUCAAGGCUUUCUUAGCUGCAUGGGGAAUUCCUGCUUUCAUCGUGGUUCUUACCGGAGCAAUUGCUAGAGGCUCUUAUGCUCAUGAUGAUAUAUGCUUUCUACAAUUCUGGGCUCAAGUCGGUGGUCUCCUGAUUCCCAUGUCCACCAUCCUCCUCAUCAACAUUGUCAUCUUCAUUCUGGUGGUUCGACAAUUGCUCCGAUUAGCCAACAUCGCUGGUCGAGUGAAAGGAGAGGCUAAGGUAGAACGUCGAGAGACUAUCGAACGCGUCCAGAACGCGAUCUGCAUCUUGUUCCUGCUCGGUCUGACCUGGGUCACCGGAUAUCUUCUUUUGAUCCCGUCAUUCAGUCAGGUGGCUCAGCCAAUCUUCGUCGUCCUUAACUCCUUCCAAGGAUUUUUCAUCUUUCUACUCUACUGCGUCCGGAAUCCUCACAUCCGUAAGAAAUGGGGACUAACUUGUUUCGACGAGUUCCUAAAGAAAGAAGCAAGCACUUCCAGCGGUGGGGUAAGCUCGACGGCGCUAUCCUCGUCACUUGGCAUGGUAAGCAAAUUGCGCCCAGGAGCCUCGGGUAAUUACUCGUUGCCUAUGAUAGACGACCAUCCCGAUCCUAUUUGUAUGUUCAGUCCGACCUAUGAUGAUAGCCAGGUUGAGGAUGGGGUCACACCACCUAUGAACGAAGAUAUCCAACGUUCUUCAGAGGAACAGAAGAAGUACACAGAUUGUGAUGCAAAAAGCACCGAUGUCGUUGCGGUAAGUCUCCCUCUUGAUGCAUCCGUCCCAGAGGCCACUAAGAGAGAUGAUGAUGUUUCCUCCACCACGGUCAGUGUUACUCUGGAUGCAACUGAUGCCAGGAAAGCUACUGAUUCCACCAAUGAUGCUGCUGUCAGCCUCCCUAAGGAUGCUGCGGAUGGCACCAUCCACAAUGAGAGGAGUGAUGAUGUUGCUUCUGCAACAGGUGAUGCUGCCGCCAAUCUUCCAAUGGAUUCGACGGACUUCAGCAAAGUAAAUUAG